AUGCAUAACGUAAUAGACUCUGAUAGCGAAGACGAAUUACCGCCCGGCUGGGAGGAAAAAUCAACAGAAGAUGGGAACGUUUACUUCAUAAAUACCUGCAAUAGAAAGAUUCAGUGGACACAUCCACGCACGGGAAAAAAGAAAGUAAUUCCUAAAGAUUUGCCGUUUGGCUGGUCUAAGGGUGUAGACGAAAGUGGUAAAACAGUUUAUGAAAAUAAGGAAACAGGAAACAAAACUUACAUUGAUCCCAGAUUGGCUUUUGCUAAAGAAGAAAAGAUGCACACCAAUGAUUUUCGUCAACGAUUUGAUAGUUCUUCAACAGCUUUUCAGGUCUUACAUGGAGUAGACCUAUCUGGAAAAUAUGCACUAAUCACUGGUUGUAAUGCUGGUAUUGGUUAUGAGACAGCCAAGUCCUUAGCAAGGCAUGGUUGCAAUGUAUUACUAGCCAAUAGAAACAUGGAGGCAACUCAAGAAGCAAUCAAGCAAAUUAUUGAGGAAACAAAUGCUUCAGAAGAUAAUUUAAAAUCCAUUCAUUUAGACUUGACAUCUUUACAAAGUGUAAGGAAGUGUGCUUUGUCUGUGAAGGCUUUGUUUUCAGAUCAUUUGGAUAUGUUGAUAUUGAAUGCUGGAAUCUUUGGACAUGCAUAUGAAGAAACAGCAGAUAAAAUUGAUAAAACACUGCAAGUCAAUCAUUUGAGUCACAUGUACUUGGCGAUUCUACUCGAGCCCUUAUUGAAGAAAAAGUCAAGAGUUAUCUUUGUGUCUUCUGAGUCGCAUCGAAUGGCGAAUCUAAAGAAUGUCUUCGUGAAACAAAAUCUAUCAUCACCCAAGGAAUGGUUUAGUUCUAUGAUAGCUUAUAACAAUUCAAAGCUAUACAACGUUAUAACAGCAAGAGUACUAGGAGAAGAAUGGAAGAGCAAAGGUAUAGCAGUAAACUCUCUUCAUCCAGGCAAUAUGGUCUCAACAAACUUGUGCAAGAGCUGGUGGUUCUAUAAUUUAUUGUUCUUUGUUGUUCGACCUUUUACCAAAUCCUUACAACAAGCCGCUGCCACUACAGUCUAUGUCGCAACGGCUGUUGAAUUGGAAGGAGUUACGGGGUUAUACUUUAACAACUGCUUUUAUUGCCAAGAGUCUACAGUAGCUGGAGAUAAGGACAUUUCAAAUGAAGUGAUAUCCAUUUCUCUUAAAAUGAUUAGGGAUCGGAUGGGAGCAGAUGAUAUACAGCCUUAUUUAGACAAAUUUUGUACAAAAUCAUAA